AUGUUGUCAUUGAAACUGGUGUUAGUUCUACUGCUGCAGAGCAGCGCCAUUGUCCUGGGCGGCGUCUGUUUGAUACCAGAGCCUGUGAAGCGCCAACGUUCGCUGCUCGACGAGCUGUGGAAGACGCAGCCGCGUCUCGAUGGCCGCAUUGUGGGUGGCCAACGUAUAAACAUAACGAAUGCACCACAUCAAAUCUCGUUGCAAACAUCAGCUCACAUUUGCGGCGGAUCACUGAUCUCUGAGCAAUGGAUUUUAACAGCGGCCCAUUGCACCGAAGGUAAAACAGCGAACCAGUUAAAGGUGCGUCUGGGCAGCUCGGAAGCCGCGCGGCAUGGAGAACUUCUGCGCGUGCAGAAGAUUGUGCAGCACGAGAAGUUCAACUAUACGAAUGUGGAUUUCGAUUUCUCGCUGCUGCAGCUGCAGCAUCCCAUCAAAUUCGAUGAGUCGAAGAAGGCCAUCAAGCUGCCAGAGGCGGAGCAAAUGUUUAUGGACGGUGAUCCGUGCUUUGUCACCGGUUGGGGCAACACUCAGAAUCUGCUAGAGCCACGUGAAUGGCUGCGUCAGGUGCAGGUGCCGCUGGUCAAUCAGCAGGUCUGCAACGACAAAUACAAACAAUAUGGCGGCAUUACGGAGCGCAUGAUUUGUGCUGGUUACAUGGAGGGCGGCAAGGAUGCCUGCCAGGGUGACUCUGGCGGUCCCAUGGUGAAUGAGGCGGGCGUGCUGGUGGGCGUGGUCUCAUGGGGUUAUGGCUGCGCCAAGCCAGACUAUCCGGGCGUCUAUGCCAGAGUUGGCUAUGCACGUGAUUGGAUCAAGGAGCACAGCGGCAUUUAGCAACA